AUGCCCACCACAAAUAUCGACUAUACGGAGAUAACUCAGGCUCUAAAUACUCCCAAAGACUCAUAUGUCCCUGGAGAUUGCAUAAUCUCCACGCCAUUUGGGCUUCUGGUGUUAGAAAUCCAAGGUGAACUCAACCUACCGUUGAGUGCUCCUCAAGACCCAGCAUCUGUGGAUCCUGAAUACUUGGCCAACUUCGCCACUGUUGACGAUGUCUACCAUGCUGUAAAGUUUGGAAGAAUGGAAUUUGAUGCCAAAGAUCCAUCCAAAGUGGUGUUGUUCAUAGGAAACUCUCAGAGACUCAUUGGAUCUGUUGAAAAGUUAAGAGAACCACUUGGAGUCCUACGAGUGUCGACCAACGACGACCAAUCCAUGAAGUUUAUGGAUAUUAUUGAAAAGAAGGUCAUUUUCAAGCAACGACCAUUACCAAUCAUGUAA